AUGUUCGGUGAACUCAUCUGCGGACCUCCUGGAAGUGGAAAGACAACCUACUGUGAAGGAAAACGACAAUUUCUUAGUGUUUACGAUCCCACGCGGCCUGUUGUGCUGUUGAAUUUAGAUCCCGCGAAUGAAGAUAUCUUCCCGUACCCGUGCGAUAUGGAUAUAAGAGAAUUGGUCUCUCACGCCCGUGUGAUGAUGGAUGAGGGACUUGGGCCAAAUGGAAGUUACAUCUUCUGCGCCUCCGUGAUUGAACAGAAUAUGGAGUGGAUUGUAAAUAAUAUUGAAAUGGCAGUGGAAAGACGUCUACGGGAUCUCGCUACAACAACAACAACAACAACUUCUUCUUCUUGUUAUUCUACACGUGCUCCUUAUCUUAUUGUAGAUUGUCCAGGUCAGGUGGAGUUCUAUGUUGGAUCUACAGUUAUGCAUGAGUUAUUUAAAGUCUUACAGAAACGAUUAUGUUGUACAUUAUGUACAGUUCAUCUUGUGGAUGCGGCUAUUUGUACACGUGAUAUUUCCACUUAUGUUUCAAGUUGUUUGUUAAGUAUUACAACUAUGAUUGAUCAUGAAUUACCGCAUGUGAAUGUAAUGACGAAAUGGGAUACUUUAUCUCCUGAAGAAGUAGAAGAAGGUGAGGCUUAUUUACGUGCUUCUUCUUUUAUGGCAGAAGACUUUGAUCGUUUAUGGAAAAAACAACUACGGAAAAGACGCCGUGAACACCGAAGAGCAAAACUAUAUCCUACCGCUAAUGAAAGUAGUCCUCGUUUAGAUCCAAGGAAGGAAGCGAAAUAUGAUGAAGAAGUAGAGGCAAUUGAUUUAAAUAAAGAUGGUGGUCAUUUAUAUCACUACAGUAAGUCUGUGAUGGAUGUUAUUGAUGGUUAUGGAUUAGUGGGAUUCCAACCUCUUGACGUACAAUCACAAGAUAUGAUGCUGCGAUUAACCCAACAGAUUGAUGAAGCUGUCGGUAAUUUUGUGUAA